UGAAGCGUGGAGGAGGGACAAAGAAACAGAACACGCAAAACUCUGGUUGGUUCCAUCAGCAUUGACUUGAACUUGCACAGUACUUCUAGUUAUGAACUCAAGCGUCAUCGUUGCUGCAACAGUGCUUGCACUAUGCGCUAUCACCUUCGCCUUGUUCAACCCACGAGCCCUGUUUUCACCGCCUCCUAUUCAUGGAUCCAAGGACCAACUGCACGCUUCUCAGAUACUCCACGUCACCGGAGCCGUUGGACCGGAGAGUCUCGUUUUCGACGGUGACGGCGGUGGGCCUUACACCGGCGUCGCCGAUGGCCGGAUUCUCAAGUGGGAAGGGGAAGAACGAGGUUGGACUGAAUUUGCUGUUACCAGUUUCAAUAGGUUGGCCUGUGUACAUCCAUUUGCGCUGGAGUUGGAACAUGUUUGUGGGAGGCCACUAGGACUGAGGUUUGAUAAGAAAAGUGGAGAUCUGUACAUUGCUGAUGCCUACCUUGGCCUAAAAGUAGUAGGACCUACAGGGGGUUUGGCCAUGGAUGUGGUAACAGAAGUUGAAGGUCAGCCCUUGCAAUUUACCAAUGACAUGGACAUCAGUGAAGAUGAAGAUGUCAUAUACUUCAGUGAUUCAAGCACAAUGUUCCAGAGAAGGGAAUUUAUGCUUGUACUCCUUAGUGGAGACAAAACUGGCCGGUUAAUGAAAUAUGACAAACUAACAAAAAAAGUAACAGUUUUAUUACGCAACCUUGCUUUUGCCAAUGGUGUUGCUUUAAGCAAAGAUGGCUCAUUUGUUCUGGUAGCAGAAACUACUUCUUUCAGGAUCUUGCGGCUUUGGCUUCGAGGACCUAACGCUGGCGAAGUGGAUACUUUUGCAGUUGUACCUGGUUUUCCAGACAAUAUUAGACGAAAUUCAGAAGGGCAGUUCUGGGUAGCCCUUCAUGCAAAAGGAAGUCCUUUUGCAAAGUGGCUUUCUUCAAAUCCAUGGGCAGGAAAGACACUGCUAAAGCUUGGAUUUAACAUCAAGCAGUUGCACUCGUCAUUUGCCGGGUGGAAGCCUCAUGCCACUGCUGUAAAGCUAAGUGAUAAAGGAGAGAUUUUAGAAGUCUUGGAAGAUUAUGAAGGAAAAACCUUGAAGUUCAUCAGUGAAGUGGAAGAGAGAGAUGGGAAACUUUGGAUUGCAUCAGUGUUGAUGCCUUUCAUUGGCAUUUAUAGUUUAUGAGAGUGCAUCGAAGAUAAGAUGGUUUUUGAAUUACCGCUUAUAAUAUCAUGAAGUGCAGUCGUUUAUGCAGAUUAUGUAGGAUUUUGAAUUACUUUGGAUGAUUGAGUAUGCUAGUUUUCGUAUGGAAGUUGUGUUCAUUCUAAUAAAGCAACCCUUUCUACUUAAAGGGAAGAACAAAACAGCUCUGAAGAAUUCAUUCAAAUCUUCGCGUACCCGGCAGGCUGAACCAAUUGUUAUAAACAAAGAUUAGAAAUGGAAAUUAAAAAAAAAACUAUUGAACUGAAUAAAAAUUACAGAAAAUAAGAGAAAUCUCUCCUCAAAGGAUUUCUCUCCACAAAGGAUUUUUCCUUUCUUACUAAGAGCAUAGUUCCACAUGCAAAUGAUACAAGAUUG